UGAAUGCCUGGGAGAUGCUAGAGACCUGAAGGAGCAUAGCAGAGAACACUCCUGCUUCAAAGGUGAAGGGAACUGAAGGAACUCUCCAGCUGUGGACUCAUCCCAAGCUUGAGAUGCCAACAAAGCAGGCCCCAGUCCUCUGGGCAUGCUUCCUCCUGUGGAGUCUCUACAGCGCCUCCUCCCAGACUGUUUACCCUGGAAUCAAGGCGAGGAUCACCCAGCGAGCCCUAGACUAUGGUCUUCAAGUUGGGAUGAAGAUAAUGGAGCAAUUGGCAAAGGAAAUCGUCAUCCCAGAUUUGAACGGUUCUGAGUCUCUUAAAUUUCUGAAGAUUGACUAUGUAAAGUACAACUUCUCAAACAUAAAAAUCAAUGCCUUUUCAUUCCCAAAUACCUCACUGGCCUUUGUACCUGGGGUAGGAAUCAGAGCACUAAGCAACCACGGCACUGCCAACAUCAGCACCAACUGGGAAGUCAAGGCUCCACUUUUCCAGGAUUCGGGAGCUGCCGAUCUGUUCCUUUCUGGAAUCUACUUUACUGGUGUCGUUGCCUUCACCCGUAAUGACUUUGGUCACCCAGCUCUGGAACUCCAAGACUGCCAUGUACAAGUGAGCCAUGCCCGAGUCUCCUUUUCUGGAAGCCUCAGUGGCCUGUAUAACUCCUUUGCUGAGCCCAUGGAGAAACCCAUUCUAAGGAAUUUAAAUGAAAUGCUUUGCCCCAUUGCCAUCGACCAAGUGGAGGCGUUCAACGUCAACAUCAGCGCACUGGAGGUUUUAACCAAGAUUGACAAUUACACUGUGCUGGAUUGUUCCCUGAUCAGUCCUCCGGAAAUCACUGAGAACCACCUUGACUUUAAUUUGAAGGGUGCAUUCUACCCUCUGGAAAGCCUCGUUGACCCUCCCUUCAUCCCAGCUCCCUUUGAGCUCCCAGAGAGCAGAGACUCCAUGCUCUACAUUGGCAUCUCUGAGUACUUCUUUAAAUCUGCAUCAUUUGCUCACUUUGUAUCUGGGGCUCUUGGUACCAUGCUGUCCACCAGGGAGAUUUCCAACUAUUUCAAUCAAAACGCUCAAGGAAUUGGCAGCAUACUCUCCAAGAUUGCGGAGAUCUACAUCUUGUCCCAGCCGUUCAUGCUGCAGAUCAUGGCCACAGGGCCUCCUGUGGUCAACUUACACCCAAACAAUUUCAGCCUGGAGUUCCCCGCCGCUGUCAUCAUGCUCACUCAACUGGAGAACUCUACCAUCCAGCCCAUCGUCUCCAUGGACUUUGUUGCCAGUACCCGUGUUGGCCUGGCUAUUUUGGGACAAAAACUGAUCUGCUCCUUAUCUUUGAACAGAUUCCGCUUGUCUUUGCCAGAGAACAGCCACCGAGAUGCUAAGGUUGUAAGAUUUGAGAAUAUCCUGUCUUCCAUUCUUCACUUUGGAGUCCUCCCACUGGCCAACACAAAACUGCAGCAAGGAUUUCCUCUUCCCAACCCUUAUAAUGUCACAUUUGUCAACUCGGAUAUUGAAGUUCUUGAGGGCUUCCUUCUGAUUUCUACUGACCUGGCACAUGAAACGUCCUCGAAGCCACAGCCAAAUCUCCACAGCUGGGGAGGUCUGGACCUGGUCCAUGGACCAUGGAGAGAACAGCCAACCCAUUGAUGGCCUGUUCACAAUCCACCCCAGGAAGUAGACAGCCUUCAGUCCCACAGAACCCAUAAACCUGG